CGAUUGCGCAAGAGGCGGCUUGCGAGAAUUACUCAAAAUCUCACUUUCUUCUGCAAGUAACGAACGGCAUAUUCCCUGCGUUGGAUUCAUCGAAACCAUAUCCUUAAAGUCAGGCCUUCCACGUCCUCUGUUUCUGUCAACCUCACCCCGACAACUAGCUUUCGAUUUCCACCACUUGUAACAGUACUCCAAUCCCAAGGACAAUGCGAGCAUACUGGUUUGACAACGAAGAGGGCGACCAGCGCCUAACCCAUGACUCCGGCCGGGAUGUCGACCCAAAGUACCUUGCUAGCCUAGGUGUGCUAUACUACCACGUUCCCAAUGAAUCCAGCAUCGACGACAUCGCCAAAGACCGCGACUACAAGAACCGAGAUGUCAUUACAGUCUCGCCCGAUGCCAUGGGCUCCGUCUACGAAGACAAGGUGAAAAUGUUCUUCCACGAGCACCUACACGAGGACGAGGAGAUCAGAUACAUCCGUGACGGCGCGGGUUACUUCGACGUAAGAAGUCAGGAUGAUGAUUGGGUGCGCAUCAGGCUCGAGAAGGACGAUAUGAUUAUCCUGCCGGCAGGGAUAUACCAUCGAUUCACGACAGAUGAGAACAAUUAUAUCAAGGCGAUGCGCUUAUUCAAGGAUGAACCAAAAUGGACACCACUGAACAGAGGCACUGAAACGGAUGUCAAUCAACACCGGAAGGCUUACCUAGAGACCAGAGGUGCUGCGCCUGUUUCGGUGGCAUGAUGGUAUGAUGAAAAAGCCCAUUUCGAGGUGAUAGAGCUCAGAAAUCAAUGUCCAUGAGUCGUCAACGUCUAAUGUAUAACAACUACAAAAAAAGAAGCCGUGCGAGCAUUCCCUUCGGUGAAGAAUGGCGUCGCUCAAUCGUCUUUCUCAUGGGCCAUCUCAAACGUGAAUGUGAGAUGAGUUGUCUCCAUCCUGCUGUCAACAAAAGGACCGCUCUGGCAGUCACAGCUCCGACUUGGCCAGGCAUGAUGGGAUCAGCCUUUCAAUUAUGAAUGAUGACCAGUCGACGCCUGGGGGCCUGUGCCACAACAAAGACUAUGUUUCUCUCGUUACGCAGCGGCUGGAAUGCAUGAGUGAUCAACGGCCCCUAGAUGAGGCGAAUAGUAGUGUCGCUGACGCAAGGCUCUUCAGCGCUCUGCUAAGUCAGUAAAUGAGUCAGCCCUGUUGGGCGGGAUGUAUGCAUUUUGGCGAUCCAGAAGUCAGUGUCGCUGAAAAUGACUUGCCUCACCUGCCUGUUGUCUCGUGCGUCGAAACC